AUGUUACAAUAUUACAGCUUCGCUAUUUAUGUGCCCUGUAUUUGGUUCUAUCUCUCGAGCGCAUUACCAAAUCAAGGUACGGAUUCCCACCAGAGCAGACCUCUGGCUCAACGAGGCAAUAGUCAAAAUGACUACAUAGAUCAUGUCAUGGCGGGUAUCAAUCAGUUACAAACUUGGUAUCAUGAUGAUGAUGGCCGCUGGAAUGGUACCUGGUGGGAUAGCGCAAAUAUUAUCACGAUGAUGGCUGAUUUUCAGGAACACUUUCCCUCAAUUAUUAUGCCGGUAACUGACCAUAUUUUCCCAAAUACCCUACAUAGAGCCACUGCAGGCUCUCCCAACUUUCUGAACGAGUACUACGAUGAUGAGCUUUGGUGGGCACUAGCAUGGAUUAAAGUCUAUGAUGUUACAUCAAACCAAGUCUAUCUCAAUACAGCCGCGGCAAUUUUUGAAGAUUCGAAAAAUAAUUGGGGACAGACACCUUGUGGUGGAAUUUGGUGGGACAAGAAACAUACACAAAUCAGUGCAAUUGAGAAUGAGCUAUAUAUAACUACAGCUGCCAAGCUGGCGAAUCGAAUGCCUAUGAACCCGUCAGAGUAUUACUAUUUAAACGAGGCUACUAAAGCCACUACAUGGUUCUUAAAUAUGGGACUCAUCAAUAAACAAAAUCUUAUCAAUGAUGGUCUCAACCCUAACACCUGCGUUAAUGAUAGAAACUUUAUCUUCUCAUACAACCAAGGAACCAUACUUUCAGGUCUACUAGAACUAACUUGGGCAACCCGCGACCGUCAAUAUGCUAAUCUCGCCCAUAAAAUUGCAGAGGCAGCAAUUAAUACUUUGGCUGAUUCCGAAGGAAUAUUACACGAGCCUUGUGAACCCAAUUCCUGCAACAGUGAUGAAGGACAGUUCAAGGGCAUCUUUAUCCGGAACCUUCAGUUCCUCCUCAAUCGAGAUUCUAAUAUUUCUCUUGCCAAUGCAGCGCUCUACAAAAAGUUCAUUCAAACCAAUGCGGAUUCUAUCUGGGCUCGAGAUAAUUCAAACGGUUGGCUGGGUUUAGCUUGGAGUGGAUCGAAUAGCGAGGUGACAGUACAAACACAAAGCUCGGCAUUAGACGCGAUUGUUAGCGCGGCUAACGUAUCCUGA